GUCCGUGCCAUAUGCUAGCUAGUUAGCUCCCUCUAGCAGUCUGUGCACUUCUGCAGUCGCUGCUGUGUGUGUGUUGUGUGUGUUUGAUGAGGUGUGGAAGAAAGAGGAGAUGUGGUCCUUUUUUGCCAGGGAUCCUGUCAAAGACUUUGCCUAUGAAGUUCUUCCAGACACCCAAGAAAAGUCUGGAAUAUGGACUCUACACCGAGGGAAGCGGAAGACCAAUGGAGAGCCGGUGUCGGUGUUUGUGUACGAGGUAGCACAGGGGACCGAGCAGCAGACCCAGCUGGCCAAGGCUGCCUUCAAGCGUAUGAAGACCCUGCGUCACCCUAACAUCCUGGCUUAUGUUGAUGGAUUGGAGACGGAGAAGAGCCUGUACCUGGUUACUGAGCAGGUGACACCCCUGGCGGUCCACCUGAAGGCCCAGGCAGAGAAGGGUGGGUCCGGGGAGCUGGAGGUCUCCUGGGGACUGCAUCAGAUCGUGAAAGCUGUGAGUUUCCUGGUCAACGACUGCCACCUGCUCCACAACAACUUGGGCAUGUGGUCUGUUUUUGUGGAUCGUGCCGGGGAGUGGAAGCUCGGGGGCCUCGACCAUGUGGCACCAGAGCAGGGUGACCCAAGCGGGAUCUCGCUCCCUGCUCCUAAGGCUGUUUACCCAGACAUGGAGAAAUAUGACCCACCAGAGAUGUCGAAUAGCAGUGGAGAGAAAUGGGCCGGGGAGGUGUGGCGGCUAGGCUGCCUGAUCUGGGAGGUGUUCAACGGGCCGCUACCUCGCACCUCCUCUCUUCGCUCACUGGGAAAGGUUCCCAAGGCCUUGGUCCCGCAUUACUGUGAGCUAGUGGGGGCUAACCCCCGAGCUCGGCCCAACCCGGCCCGCUUUCUCCAGAACUGUAGAGCCCCUGGGGGAUUCCUCAGCAACAGCUUUGUGGAGAGCAACCUUUUCCUGGAGGAGAUACAGAUCAAAGAGCCAGCUGAGAAGCAGCAGUUCUUCCAGGACCUGAGUGACAAUCUGGACUCUUUCCCAGAAGACUUCUGUAAACACAAAGUCCUGCCUCAGCUGCUCACCGCCUUCGAGUUUGGUAAUGCCGGCGCCGUAGUCCUCACACCGCUCUUCAAGGUGGGGAAGUUCCUGUCAGCAGAAGAGUACCAACAGAAGAUCAUCCCUGUUAUCGUCAAGAUGUUUUCCUCCACAGACAGAGCCAUGAGGAUACGACUGCUGCAGCAGAUGGAGCAGUUCAUUCAGUAUCUGAAUGAGGCAGCAGUCAACUCCCAGAUUUUCCCUCAUGUUGUUCACGGCUUCACAGACACCAACCCUGCCAUCAGAGAGCAGACUGUUAAGUCUAUGUUGCUGCUUGCUCCCAAGCUGAACGAGACCAACCUGAACCAGGAGCUGAUGCGUCACUUCGCCCGGCUGCAGGCCAGAGAUGAACAAGGUCCUAUCCGGUGCAACACCACCGUCUGCCUGGGCAAGAUCGCCUCCUACCUCAACGCUGGGACUCGACAACGUGUUCUGAUUUCUGCCUUCUCACGAGCCACAAAAGACCCCUUCCCAGCUUCACGCUCCGCUGGUGUUCUGGGCUUCGCCGCCACACACAACUACUACAGCAUCACAGAGAUCGCCGCCCGCAUCCUGCCCACACUCUGUGCCAUUACAGUUGACCCCGAUAAGAGCGUCCGGGACCAGGCAUUCAAAGCAAUCAAGAGUUUCCUUUCCAAGCUGGAGACUGUGUCAGAAGAUCCCACCAAGCUAGCUGAUGUUGAAAAGGACGUAGGGUCGUGUGCUCAGCCUGCAGGUGGCUCCUCCAGCUGGGCCGGCUGGGCCGUGACUGGCAUGUCCUCGCUAACAUCUAAGCUGAUCCGCAACGCUCCAGGGACAGAGGGCGGAGCACCAGGGGAAGGCAGCGGUCCCGCCAGUGACACCAGUCCUACUGGUGCCACUAAUGAAGCAGCUGCACCUGGUUCUGAAGAUAAAACUCCUCAUGCCUCAGCGACUCACCAUGCUGCCUCUAGUCGUGCCAACCAAUCACACACUCUUGAAGUCAAGGACAACGAUGAAGAGGCGAUAGGAGACCGCUGGGACGAGGAGGAAGACUGGGGAAGUUUGGAGGAGCCCGAGAAAACUCAAACUGAGCCGGAUGAUUGGAGCACUGACUGGUCAGGAAUGGCAUCAUCCAAAAAGAAGGCCAGUGACAAAGGAAUGGGACGGUCGACAGCAGUGAAAAAGCAGAGCUCUGACUGGAGCAGCUCGGGCUGGGACGCCGACGACAGCUGGUCCAACGAGAAGGAAGGGCAGGGUCAGAGCUCUGCAGGCGAGGAGGGCUGGGGCAACGACUGGGGGGAGGAGGACACGGACAUAACACUGACCAAUACGAGCGUCCAGCUGCCCGAUGGGGUGCGGUUAGCCAGCGAUUACAACUGGGACAGCAGCAGCACUGCCAAGGGGACUGGUCAGAAUGAUCUGUUCGCCAGCGUCUCCCAGAGAAACCCAAGCAGCACUGCCGCGACCACGGCUGGAGAUGGUUGGAGUGCAGAGACGACAGGAGACUGGGGAGCUGAGGAGAGCUGGGAGUCAGUGGAUGGAAACCAGGGUCUCAGCAAGGCCGAGUUGUCCAAGAAGAAACGGGACGAGAGGAGGAAAGAGCUGGAGGCGAAACGGGCGGAGCGCAAAGCUGCUAAAGGUCCUCUCAAACUGGGCGCACGCAAGCUGGACUGACGGGGCACGCAAAGAGAGAUGUGAGGGUGGGAAUGGAGAAGGGAGGAACAUGGAGCACAGUAACUUGGACCCGGAGCAGCGGGCGGAGGCUCGACAUUCCACAAAGGAGCAGAAAGACAUGUUGGCAGCGGAGAAGAUACUGUAAACAGUCGCCGGUAAAGAGGCGGCUUGUUGUUUGAUCAGAGCAUCCGACAACAAUCCAGUGCUUUACGAAUGCAUCAUCGUGGACGGCAAAGUUGAAACAAAUGCAGAAUCCGGAGAGACAUGAAGCAGAACUCCUUGCAGCAGACUUGAUCACAAACUGUCCCCUUCUGUUUUUUUUUUUUUUUUUUUAAAUAACUCAGUUGUAAAGUAAAUGUAUAUAAAUGGUGCAUCUUGUCUUAAAAUGACACUUUUUUUUAAACAUUAAGAAAUAUAUAUAUAUAUAUAACAGAAGUGAAACAUGUAUUAUCACACAUAGACACACUCUGUGGAUAUGAAUGUUUUAGUUCAGCUGUCACUAUCUUACAGAUUUAAGACAUAAAAGCGAUCAAUGCAUGCACUUGUGUAUUUGUGCGGCCUAACAACAACAACAAAGAAUUCAAGGCACAGAACGUUGAUUGUGUUGAGUUCACUGUGCACAUACAACACUGUAUUUUACUGUACUGAACUGGUCUGUAAGGUGAUGCAUUCGACUGUUUCCAGAUCUGUAAAUGUGUCACAGGCACUGCAGACACCUGAUGAGCACAGGAGGGAAAGACGUAGUUAAAUUUGGGCUGGAGAGCUGGUUUCAAAUGUGUUUACAUGCCUUUUCCUGUGAUCCAUGUGGGGUAGUGCUGCAGUUGGAGGGGUUAUGAAAUCAAAGGAGCUUUAUUUUGAUAUCUUUUGAAGGUCCUGUCAUGCAUUUGUACCUGUUUAAUCCCACAGAUAAAACCUUCACUAAAUCUUUUGGGAUUAUUGAUACAAGUAAGAAGUUACCCAGCAGUCACUUUGACAGACAGUCUUGGGCGUGGUCAGGCUAAAGGAGCGCCCUAAAAGUUGCUUUUACUCUUUUUUAUUUGUGCCUUUUAUUUACUUGCAGAUCUGUUCUGUAGGAUCACAUCUACGAAGUUUAACACAGCAUUUUAAAAAAAGGACCUGAAAUGUCUGCCGAUGCUGUGCUGCUUUCAGUGUGGCCCCAGACCUGCUGUCUGUGUUGGAUGUGGUCCUGUAAGGUUUGAUGUAAGACGCUGUAUUAAUAAGCCGGCUGACACAAUCAACAGCUGUCACCACUGGAGCUAAUGUCAGUGUUCAGGUCAGGUUAAGAACUAUGCUGUGAUGGUUGACUGAGGAAGACUGGAUGCAACAUUUUACAGAGAAUUCAAGUCAUGUAGCAUGUGAGCUAUUCUAUAAAUAAAUAUAACUAAAU